CAUGGAUCUCUUUGACGUGCUUCUAGCUGUCUAUCCUGAGUUUGGAUCUCCCGACGUCCCUCAAGCCUCGGAGAGCGCGUUCGUUCCCUACUUGAGGCCUGAAACUAGGCAUCUGAAUUUGAAUCUAAAUCGGAAUCUGAACCCAAAAGGUAAGAAUAUGAACAAGCGAGUCAUAGAAUUGCUUCGUAGGAUCCAAGCUGCUGGGGUCAUGGGUCAAGAGCUCGAGCACGAUUUUGGGUACCGGCACAUGAUCAAUGAGCGGCAAAGGAGGGGGAAGCUCCGGCGAAACUUCGAGAUCCUUCAGUCUUUGCUGCCACCCAAAACCAAGAAUGACAAGAUGUCUGUAGUUCAAAUGGCAGCCCAAGAACUUGUGGGGUUGAAGAGGAGGAAGGAAGAGUUGCAGGGACAGAAUGAAGAGCUAACUAGGCUGAUGGUUGGGGGAAAUGGAGGAGGAGAUCAGAAGCGAUCAGACACGGCAACGAUAAGGGUGAAGGUGGGGAAUGCUGGUAACCGAUCACCCAUUGAUUCUGCGGUUGGGGUUGCUGCUUGCCUGAAGAGCCGAGGCCUUAGGGUCGUGAGGUUGAAGAUGGAGUUCUCGCCGCCGGAGCUGUCAGCCGUCGUGGACGUCGAAGCUCAGGUGAGAGAGAGAGAGAGAUUCCAUGUGCUGCAUACGUAUCCUUUUGGUUGUUCAUCAGCCUUUAGUUGUCUUAUUUGAAAGCAUUUUUCACAAAACAUACCUGUCACUGUAUAUACACACAAACUGCACCUGUCACAUUCAAGAAAUAUUAAAGAGCAAAUAUAUAUAUAAGGAAAUGGUUCAAUGGAGUUGAAAUUAAGCACGGACUUUUUCUUUCAAAAUAUCUCAUUCAUCCAGAUAUGUCAAUAAAUCCGCUUUAGAUUCAAUGUUUGACCGAAAUGUAUAAUAAAAAAGAUUGCAUAUGAAAAAAAAAUUAACAUCCAAUAAACAAAAUUCAAACUGGAUUCAGAUGUUAAACCGCAUCUAGAAAGCCAGGUGAUAUAAGUCGUGAAUCCUUUUUUAAAAGAAAGAAAAAAGAGAGAAGAUCGAUCUCACCUAACUUUGUUUGCCAUUUGCAUAUAAUCUAUUGAUGAGAUCUU